AUGCGUUCCUUUUUAGUCAUUGCAGCUGCUACCUUUGCUGUAAGGGCGGUCUCUGCAGUCGGCACAGAUGACCAGGUCAAUCCCAAUAUUGAUUAUGGAACUUUCCAAAAUCCAUCGUCAUAUGUGAGACCACGUUUCAGGUAUUGGGUCAACGAUGCGUCGAUGACCCUCAGUUCACUUGCAGAGGAUGUGAGGUCCAUUGGAAAUGCCGGUGGAGGCGGUAUAGAACUUUUGGGGUACUAUCUUUACGGAGACUCUGCCACCUAUGGAGGUGGGCUUCUUGCACCUCUGCAGACGGACUGGAGUGAAUACUACUUCGGAAGUACUCCAUGGGGUGAAAUGGUUGAAACUAUCUUGGAGGUUGCCAAAGAGAAUGACUUGAUCAUUGACUUUGCCAAUGGGCCAAAUCAGGGUGCUGGUGUUCCGGCACCAUACAACGAUGAUGGCCUUCUGUGGGAUCUUGCUGGAUAUAACUCAACAUUUAGCAGCAGUUCAGGAUUCAGUGGCACUAUCCCUGGCUGGGGAUCUGGACGUCUGACGGCAGUGACGACUGGCACUAUCAAAUCCAAUACUUCAUCAGAGGUUGUGCUUUAUGAAAGCUCUCUCCGCGAUGUUACCAGCAUUGUUGGUGAUGAUGGAAGCUUGACUAUCGCUUCCAACAAAACCUCAUCUGGGUCUCAGGUAGUUAUCUUUGCAUACUACCUGACUCACUCUGAGUAUCGCGAGGCCCCAGACCCCACGUCCCCUUCAGUUGAAACCGCCGUUCCACAAUCACCCGUCACAAACUACAGCCAGAACGGAUCUUGGGUGGUCGAUCAUUUUUCAACUGCCGGUGCUCAGGUUGUCGCGAGUUAUUGGAAGCAGUCAAUCCUCAGCAGCAAGAUUGGCGCUCUUCUUCGUGAAGUCGGAAACUAUCUCUGGGAAGACAGUCAGGAAUACAGUGUCGCUACCUUCUGGACACCUGACCUUCAAAAGAAGUUCCUGUCCAAUCGAGGAUAUAGCGUCAACAAGUAUAUCCCUCUUUUGGUUGGCUCUGGUGGAGGAACAACCUCAGACAUAACUUAUGUAACAGACGAGAAUGACUCUGGCGACAGUCAUAUUGUGGACUAUCAGCAGACUCUCACUGAGUUGAACGCUGAGUAUCUGGACGCGCUCACGGAUUGGAGUAACAGUCUAGGAGUUCAGUUUUCCGCGCAAGUUGUAUACAAUCUUCCCAUGGAUAUGCUGGCAAAUGUCCCCCACGUCAACGCCCCGGAGUGUGAGACACUCGGCUUCACUGAAAACAUCGAUGGCUAUAGGCAGUUCUCCGGGCCAGCGAACCUCGCGGGGAAGAGAAUCAUUUCCAGUGAGGCUGGUGCGCUCUAUGGAGCGGCCUACCAGGAAUCCCUGUCUGAGCUUUUGUGGACCUUUAAACGAUCAUUCGCAGGAUCUGUCAACAAUUUCAUCAUUCAUGGCUUUCCGAACUCCGGAAACUAUGGUAAUACGACGUGGCCCGGCUUUACAACAUUUGCUUAUUUAUUUUCGGAAAUGCAUGGACCUCGUCAGCCAUCAUUCGCAUUCUAUUCAGACUUUUUGAACUGGGUUUCCAGAAACCAAUUUGUUCUGCAGACUGGAAUUCCUAAAGUGGACAUUGCAUUCUGGUCCAAGUCUACAACCUACAAAAGCAUCUCGACCAGCUAUGAUUCGACCGACUUGGAGGACGCUGGAUACACUUACGAGUACCUUAGUCCUGACAACUUCGCCCUUCCCGAAGCCCUUGUGUCUGAUGGAGUAUUUGCGCCUAAUCGACAGGCGUUCAAAGCUAUGGUUGUUCGAUCGAAUGAGUCUCUUACAGCUUUUGGCGUCGAGAAGCUUGUCGAUUAUGCACAUGCGGGUCUGCCAAUCAUCUUUCCAGGUGGCCUGCCUUCAAACUUCAGUGGAUACAACCCAACCGCUGCCGCGAAGGCAGUCCAAGCGUUAAGUGGGAUACAGUGGCUUAAGAAUGUCCAUUUAGUUUCCUCAGAUGGACUUGCAAAUACUCUUGAGUCUCUCAAUAUCCUUCCACGGAGCUUCACCAAAGUGGAUGGCACAUUGUAUACGCUCUGGAGAGAGGAUGCAGCCAACGCAAUUUCUUACGUUUACGUGUACAACGAUGCGACCGGCCUUUUUCUUGAUGAAAGCAAAACAUCUGGCACCAUUUCCUUUGAAACAACUGGUGUACCUUUCUUCUACGAUGCUUGGUCCGGAGAGGUUACUCGGAUUACUACCUAUAACCAGUCAAAAACACAUACAACAAUCCCGCUUGAACUAGCCGGUAAUCAAUCUAUCAUCGUUGGAUUUGACCGAAAGGCCAAGUCAGCUAUUCACAUUCAAGAUACCACUACUCCUGUCCUUCCCACGACGGACAGCUCGAAUUCCCUCACUGUCCUCAGGACCUACGAUAGCAAAUCUCGAGAAAUCAGCCUAUCAAACGGAAAGACAGUAUCCUUAUCCCCAAUGUCAACAGAUUCAUUCAACCUCAGUAGCUGGAAUCUCACUAUCGAAUCAUGGACCCCACUACCAGAUCUAUACGACGCAGAAGGGCAAAGCCGCAACAAUGAAACCUUCCAAAUCUCAAGCCUGAUCCCAUGGAACAAGAUCUCAUCUUCACUGAGGAAUGUAUCCGGGAUUGGCUACUACGAGACUAGCUUCACCUGGUCUCCAUCGUCUUCAUCCAAGGUCUCUGGUGCUUUCAUUGAUCUUGGACCAAUCACACAUACAGUCCGCGUCACAAUUAAUGGGCAACAGCUUCCAACCUUGGACAUUACUUGGGCUCGGAGAGACAUUGGCCAAUUUCUCCGACGUGGAGAGAAUAUUGUACAGGUUACUGUGAGUACCACACUAGGUAAUGGUCUGCGCACGUAUUGGGAUGUCCUCGAGACAAGUGGGAAGCUUGCGGUGGCUGAGGAGGUUGAUCCACCGAGUGAAGAGGAUUAUGGGCUUAUUUAUCCGGUGAAGAUCGUGCCUUAUCGGGAAGACAGAGUGGCCUAA